AGGUCUUAAACCCUCGCUUCGAAAAAAUCAGAAUAAACUUGUGUUCACACUUUGCUGCGCAAUCUGCUCUAUUUCCGAUGAUGGAGGGUUUAAAUUCGAACUCUACAAAUGCUGCAAUCGGGCUGAAAUUGAAGUCCGAGACUGGCUCAGACAUUUACAACAUCACAGUCUCUCACGGUCCCAACCAACUUCAAGUUGCCGUGCCCUCUAAUUCCACUUUUGGUGAUCUCAAAUCGUUAGUUGCUCAAGAAGUUGGACUGAAACCAGAGACCUUAAAGCUCUUGUUCAGAGGUAAAGAGAAGGAAGAUGAUGAUCAUCUCCACGAAGCUGGUGUAAAGGAUGGUUCCAAAGUUUUGGCUGUGGAGGACACGAUUUCCGUGCAGAAAAUCCCUGAAGAAGUGGAAACCGUUGUGGUCUCUCGAGGAGAUGGAGCUGUUGCUAAAGUCAGGGAAGAGGUUGACAAGCUCGCUGAUCAGGUAGCCGCUUUACAAGCUGUUGUUGAUGGUGGAACGAAGGUUGAUGACAAGGGUUUUCUUUAUUUGACUGAGAUGCUCAUGAGGCAGUUGCUCAAAUUGGAUGGCAUUGAAGCUGAAGGGGAGGGAAGAGUCAAGAGAAAGAUGGAGGUACGUCGGGUGCAGAGCCUUGUCGAAACAGUGGAUACACUCAAGUCAAGAAACGCUAAUCACGAUAUCAACAAUAAUAGUACUACUGCAUCUGACACAACUCAAUGUGAGACUUUUGAGCAUGGAACUGAAAGUGCAAGCACCGAGUCCAGUGAACCAUCUUCAAACGGCAUUAUUCCAUCGGACCCUCUCCACGCGCCUGCCCCUGUCCCUGAAUCUACCUGUGCCUCAGUGAUGUCUUCUUCUAAUACACCAGUUCCGGUUUCCUUUCCCGACUCUACCCCUGUGCCGUCUUCUUCCCCUUCCUGCUUGCCAUCUCCUACUAAGGAGUGGUUAAAGUCCACUGCAGUUCACUAAAAUCUUGAAGGUUUUGAUCGAAGGAUGGAGACCUUUGAUAGAUAAUCGAAGCUGCAUGAAUUAGAAUGCUUGCAGUCAAUCCUCCGACCACGAAAUUGCCCUGCUCGGAUUCGAACUCGAACAUGUGGCAAGCAUAUUUCCAGCCUUCCCAUUCCUUCUCCAAGCACUUGUGGCGCCCUUCUUCCUACAAUAAUCUCAGAAAUCUGUAAAUUUCGGAUUUUGAUUUUCUGUUAUGAGAGUAUAUUUUUGUGUUCA